UGCGGCCUUGAGCCCUCAAUGGCCCUCAGACAUAUUUCCCCGCAAAUGGCACUGCCCGACGUGGCUCCAGAUUCCUCGGUCCUCGCCCAUAUCGACAUUGCCCUCACAACUCUUAUCCAAGAGCUCACAUCAUCGCCAGCAGAGAGCCAACCUUCCAUCACUCUCCGAUGCAGAGUCGACCCAGCAAACUGCAUCGUCAAUCCGGUCAAUGGGGCUCUGGAAGCUGUACAGCGAAAUGAAUCCUACCACACGUAUUCGUGGCCGGGAAACACUGCUUAUGAAUCAUGGAAAUUCACGGUAAUAAUUCGUGUCUUGUCGAUGAUCGAUCAAGCUUUGCGGGAAGGAAGAUUGAUAUCGAAAAGGGAUAUCUAUUACGUUGACCCUGCAUACUUCCAGUCCCAGGCUACGGUAAACAGUGUCAUUGAUGACCUCGCUUAUACCAUUGGAGUGAACCGGCUGGCUUUGAAUGUGGAAGCAGCAGGUAAAGGGCUAGUAGCAGGCUCUUUACGCGUGUUGCGGGAGUCACGGGCCAUCUUGAAUGCCCAAUCUGCUUCUGAGGAUAACCUCAUCCCGCGGAUACAAGAUACGGAUGAGAUUCAUGUAUCAAGCGCCCGCUGGAUACUUGUCAUUGAGAAAGAGGCAGUGUUCCAUCGACUGGUUCGGAACAACUACCAUACCAGAGCUCUUGCUGGGGAGGGAAUUCUGAUCACUGGGAAGGGAUACCCUGAUAUCAGCACCCGACGAUUCCUCCAUCGGAUUUUUGAAGCCGAGAUCAACCGCACUCGGAGACGACUCCCUUUUUACGCACUGGUUGACGGUGAUCCACACGGGCUUACAAUCAUGUCGACGUACAAAUAUGGAUCAUUAGCGCAUUUGCACGAGAACGCAGGACUGAGUCUUCCACCACUACAAUGGUUGGGUCUCAAAAUCGCCGAUGCUGCAGAUGAAACGCAAAACUCCAGUGGCGAGCUAUCCCUCUCCUUGACGGCGCGGGACCGCAAGAAAAUAGUUUCUAUGCUCCGCCGUAGCCCGAUCUGGGCGAGUGAUGGUGUCGAGCCGGAAUGGUGCGCUGAACUUCAGCGAAUGUUGAUGCUUAAUGUCAAAGUGGAGAUCGAGAAGCUCUAUGACGAUGGUGGUAGUCUUGAGGAGUGGAUUGAUCGAAAGAUGUUUCGACAGAGAUGA